UUCGUUUUCGUUUCCUUUUGCGCAGAAAGCAAAAAAAAAAAAGCCAACCCAUCUUUUUGGCGGAGAACCAUGAGGCUUCCGCUAGCAAUCGUAUUCGCAUUGUUCGUGUUUGUUGACGCCGCACAGUCGCAGAGUGCCAACGAUGUGUCAUCCGGAAAGUCCCGGAAGGAAUCCCCCUCCUCCCGGACUUCCGGUUGCGUGAGAUUGUCGGACUCGACCCGCCACAAGAUGGACCAGUCCGUGUUGGACGCCUACAUCCGGGCCAACAACAAUUUCUCCAUCAACAUGUUCCACGAAUUGUAUUCGACGCCGUUGUCGGACGCCAUCGACGACCAGGUCAACCUGGUCUUUUCUCCGCACAGCAUUUGGCAAGCUGUGGUUCUGUCCUAUCUCGUGUCUGGCGGCAGAAUGGAAGAAGCCCUGCAAAGAAGUUUGGGCGUCUCUGAACUCGGAAAGUUGAAAGUACUGAUGGCGUACAAGGCGCUCAAGUACUUCGACAAGAUCGUAAUGAACGAGCGCCAGCAGGGCUCACCGCCGCCGCCACAGCCGCCACUCGCCCCAGACCAUCACGUCGCGCAGCACCUGAAGGCCAGCGUCCCGGAAGUGACGCGUGGCAAGAUCAACGAUUGGGUGUCACGCGUGACGCGCGGCAAGAUCCCCGAGUUGCUCAGCUCAGACGCCGUGUCGCCGGCGACCAUCAUGGCCCUGGUGAACGCGGCCUACUUUAAGGGCAAGUGGUUGAACCAGUUUGCCGCCGAGGACACGGACCCGGCCACGUUCAUUCUGGACAACGCAGCCAGGGACAUGAUCACGGUGCCGACGAUGAAGCUGCGAGACGCGCUGCUGCCCGUCGGUGUUUCUGAGACGCUCAAAGCUACAGUGGUGGAGUUGCCUUAUGCCAGUGGAGAUGGGAACGAUCUGAGCAUGUAUGUGAUAGUCCCAGCGAGUUCCCCUGGAUGGAACCUGGACGACGUGUUGGAGCGAUUCAGUGUGGAAUCGUUUGCCCAAGCCAGGGAUUCUGUGGUUCGCCGGGACGUCAACCUUUUGACGCUUCCCAAAUUCAAAAUUGAAACGACUUUUGAGCUGCUCAGGCCGCUCAAUAAUCUUGGCCUUGGAUCCAUGUUUGUUCCUGCUGAGGCCGAUUUCGGAUGUUUGUCGGCAAAUUUGACCAGCAUGGCCUUUUCUGUGGCCCAACUGGUCCGGCAC